AACUCAAGGUCGUCUGAGGCAAAAUAUCAGGCAAAUUUGAUCGUCUGACUUCAUGUUUAACUUCGAGUUGGAUUAUGUCCGAAUUACCGUAUUGUAUUGUGUAUUAUAUAACACUUAUGUUUGAUCAAGUGUUGUGAUCCUUGUUUCUUUUUACAUAAGAGACACAUAUUUAUUGCCUUUUACUGUCGUUUGUGUAUAAACGAUACUGUGCAUAGUUGAUACUUUCCAAUCUCCCUAUUUCGGGAAAAAUUUUGUCCGUUUUAGGUAAGAUUUGAGAAAGCCGCUACAAAAAUAUCUGGAGAAAUGACGAAACCUCAAAAUUUUCCCAGGCCUGAGGAAAAUCCAAAAAGUUAUGUGGAAAUAUACGGUUUUCCCCAAUAUUUCUCCAUAAUCUUAUGACACCUCGGUAAUUUAAACUACCAAAUUUCUUAAGACUUCGGGGAAAAUCCCGAAGUUUACCCAAAAUAGCAAGGUUGUGUUCCUAAACAACCAAUGGAGAGGAAAUAUAUUUCCUUUAUAAAGGAAUGCAAGGUGGAGAUAAAGUUUACAUUUCGUUAGAAAAUAGAAGAAAAAUAAUGGGGAAACGCGCCAGUGUCCGCCUUUUCGCUUGUCGUGGGGAAAUGAUGCAGAAUUUACUUCUUUUCGUUCCGAAUGUCGCUGAGUUCUCUACUUUUGUUUAAAUACACCUCAUUGUCCAUUUUUUGCCUAACUACAUACAUGUAUAUACGCAUACAUACAAUAUAAACAGAAAAUCUGACAAUGGAAAGCCAUGACACACUCCACUUGAGGUAGACGAUUCCGGUAAACCUCGUCAUAAACUCUGAUUCGACCAGUAGUGUCAGAGUAAAGAACCUUCACGAGGUUAAUAUACUUCUUUGGUACACCUUUCAGUGAUAAACUCGGUCACAAAACCUCUCAGUCGACAAAGUCAAAUGCUUCCUUGUGGUCAUGAAAUACAAUUAUAUUUGUUCGCCAGUAAGUAUGCCUGUGUUGCAAGAUCUCACGAAAAGUGAAUAUUCAGUCCAUGCAUUCACGUUCCCGUGUGAAACUAUCGUGAUGUUCCUGAGUUCACUUCUGACUAGUUCUAGUUAAGCGUCAGGUGAUUAUAGAUACAAAUAUUUCAAACACUGUUAGUCGAGCUGACUUGUUUGUGGUUGUCACAAGAAGAUUGCUAUCCUUUUUUAUAAACUGAAAAUCAGCGACCAAGAUCAGUCACAAUGGAGUACAUCCUACUCCCAAACUCUUACUAGUAUUCCAGUCAUUCUAGCUGAUCAGAGUUCAAGCUUGUGAUUGGAAAGAAAUUUCGGUCUUUUGUCAAACCUUCCAAAAGAUGGGUGAUGGUGAUAUGACCUAUUUGUGUCCACCGUUGUGUUGAUUUCGGAAUGUACCAGUUCACACUCUAUCUCUUGUUAUUUCCAAAGUUUGUAGUUGCUAGGACUAAGCGGUUGUUUGAGCGUAGUUAGAGGAGACGGUCACCGUUAUCUGCUGCGUUUUCCUGUUAUGCCCUCAGGCACAAUGAAGUAUUUUUCAGUUUGGUUUAGCGUACGGAUGUGUGCGUUACAGUGAUCUGCUACUACUAUUUUGUAAGAGUGCCUGGUUUCUUUGGUGUCGUAAAGUUUUUUUGUAAAAGUCCUUUAGUACUCCAUCUAAGGUAAAGUUAUCGGAACUUUGGCAGAAAGUGUGGUUUGUCAGUAUAUUUCAGCGUUCCUACUAUACUGUUGAGAUGGACAGUAAAUAAGCGAAGUUACUAACUGUAUUUGGCGAUUUGUGUAUGUAAAUUUCUUAAUGUUAAAAGUAUAAAAUUAUCCUGAAAAGAUUUUUUUUUGCAAAAAUGGUAUAAAAUUACUGUAACUGUAAAUUCAGAUUGUUUACUGUUGGUUGAGCAUAAUUCUCGUCAAUUUUUAUGUCAUUGUUCGUCUCUAGAUCAUUUAAGCCUUUGAACUGAAAUAAAAAUGGUUCGUAUUGAAUUCAUACGUAGAUUGCGACUAUUCACAGUUUUACCUCGAAUGUCAGAUUAUGACAAUCGAUUUGGUAUAACCAAACUAAUGAUGCCAGUUGUUUCACGUCCUGCUUCAUUUUUUUCUUUCAUCAAGUCGAAGCUUAAUGAAGCUUCCUCUAGUCAGUCUAAAGACUCUCAGAGUGUACCAAAUGACAGUGAGUGGUUGGAUGCGGUUCAAGAAGCUGAAAAAUCGGAAUUGUUACAUUUGAAAGAGUCUGAUACUAGUAUGACUAGGACAGAACUUCGAAAAUGGAAGAAACGUACAUUCCUUCAUAUUUUAGAAAUGUUUAUUCAACGAUCAGGACCAAGUCGUAAAGGAUUCACUUCAUUUAUUGAAAAUGCACUAAUUAAAAUGCCUGAAUAUGAAGUGGUCGAUGAUUUGGAUUGUUAUAAAGCAGUAAUUCGUUUAUUUCCUACUGGACGAAUGACUGUGAAACGUUUCUUACAAGCUGAUUUUGGUCAUUUCCCAAAACAACAACAAGUUAUGAUUGACGUAUUAAGUCAAAUGGCAAGAUAUCACGUCUUGCCAGAUGAUGAAGUUGGCCAAAUGAUUAUCGACGUUUUCGGUUGGCGUAAUCAUGCUAUGCGAACUUAUCGUCGUCUAAUGUAUUGGAUGCCUAAAUUGUAUUAUAGUAAUCCAUGGACAUUACCACAUCGAAUCGUUGACGAUCUUGAUUUAGAUCCCAUUAAAUUAGGCUGUUUAAUUGCUGAAAGAAUAUGCCCUGAUCGGAUGACAGAAUUCACUGUUGUACAGAUGUCUUCAUCUAAUCCUGAUAGACCAGAUUCACUUGUCAGUGCUCAAAGUCCUGAACAGCGUGCAUUACUAGCAUAUUGUACUAAUAAACAAAUUCACAAUGAUCAAAUGAAUAAUACUCAAUGUACAAAACCAACGAUUUAUUUAGAUGGACCACAUUAUGUUUGGUUUAGAAAUUUACAAGCUGCUUAUUACACCUUAUGGACAGAGAUCGAUGCUGAUCGAUUAAAAAAAGAAAUUAAUACAGUAAAAGUUAACCAAGUGCCAAAGCAUAGUGCAGACGAACCGUAUAAUCUUUCAUUCUUCAACUAUUCUAAUGAUAGUUCAAAUAUAGUAUUAAAUAGUUCCAAUUCACAAAAUGUAAAUCGCUCACUUUUUCCACAUAUGAGUCUUCUUCCUACAGUGAAUUCAACUGGUACUGAAUUGCAUCAUUCUAAUGAAGAUAAUAUUUUUACAAGAUUUAUAAGUAAGUGUGAACCAGAAUUUGAUAAACGUUGGCUUUCAAUUCGUCAAAGUCAUGUCUACAAAUAUUUACCAUCUAAUCUAUGUCAACAUGAACAAGGUGAGGGUACAAUACUUGCUGUUGGAGUUGUUGUACCUAAACCAGAUGCUUUGGAUAAUCAGAAAAAGUUAUAUGAUUGGGAAGUUUCUAACAGAAUUCAUCAUACAAAUUCAAAAGAUUGUAAACAACAAAAUCAAAAAGAAAGAUACAAUUUACCACAAAUCCCAUCACCUGCAUCUCCCGCACUUAUUCGACUUUGGUUAAGUGAACUACACGCUAAAAAUCCUUUCUUUGAUGAUGCUGCAUUAGUUAUUCGAGUUCCAAUGAAUAUUGAUCAAAGCCAAAAAUCUGAAAAUAAUAAUCGUACUGAUGAUGAUGAUUUACAUUCAGAGAAUCAAGAUAAGGAUAUUAAGUAUAAAUCGUAUUAUUAACGAGCACAUUACAUUGUGUAAAUAAAUUGUUUGCGUCUUUUCUUUUGAGUAAACAAUAAUAAUUAUGUUAAUUAAAAUGUACAUAUAAACCUUAAUGUUGAUUAUCAGUUUUGGACUAUUUUCCAUAUACUAGUGGAAUUAUUGUUAAAGCAUAUGCUUUUUCUUCAUGUAUUUUACACAUAAUACCUAUCCCUACCUGUUAGAGUAACAAUGAUCAAUCACAAGUGGGGACUGUGAUUUUGUGAUUGUUUAAUAUCUUAAUGAAUGUAUCCUAGUUUAAUUUAUUCAUAGUUUUGCAUUAAGACCAAUUGAUACUUUGUAAUUUGUCUUAUUUUUGUCUUGAUUUUAAGUUUUACUGAAAUAUACACUCAAGAUUAAAUAA